AUGGUUGCUCGCUUUUGGUCGAUAUGGACUGCUCGCAAUGAUAGGGCAUUCAAUGACAUUGCAUGGAAUAUUGUUGCAUUAAGAGAGCUGGUGGAUUCGCAUGUGGCUACAUGGCAGGAAGCAUUUGCAUCAGCUUCUAGUCUGGGAGGUUGCCAUCUUUCUGAAUCUUGGUCACCACCUCCGAUUGGAACGGUGAAGUGUAACGUAGAUGCUGCUCUCCAUCAUGGAUAUGUGAGUUUUGGUGCAGUAUUGAGGAAUCAUGAAGGUGGUUUUGUGGCAGCAUGCAAUGGUCAUAUAGCUUGUCCUAGGGAUCCUUAUCUUGCUGAAUCAAUGGCUGUCAAAGAAGCUCUUACAUGGCUUAAGAGUUGUAGCUUUUUUAAUGUUAUUAUUGAGUAUGACUGUUUAAAUUUUUGUACUGCGUUUAAUUCCUUGGGUGAAGACUUUUCUUAUGUUGGUCAUUUGAUAAGGCAGUGUCGUCUGCUAGCUACUGAAGUGGGGAACGUGUUAGUUUGCCAUGUUAGGAGGUCAGCGAAUCACGUAGCUCAUGUGCUUGCACGGGCGACGGGUUCUUCUCCUUUCUUUUCUGUGUGGGAUUUUAUCCCUCCGGAUGUAUUUCGGAUUUGA